AUGGCGUUGAAAAUUGAUUUUGAAAAGGCUUAUGAUCGCCUUGAAUGGAAUUUUAUUUUUGUGGUUUUUGAAGCUCUGGGAUUUAAUGUUGUUUGGAUCAAUUGGUUGAAGCUUUGUGUGGCUAGCGUUAAUUACCAGGUUCUUACUAAUGGUGCCCCCUCCCAACCAUUUAGUCCUACUCGUGGUAUUCGCCAAGGAUAUCCUUUAUCUCCUUAUAUUUUUAUUACUUUCCUGGAGGAUUUGAGUCGUCUCAUUCAUAAGGGGAUAGAACAUAAGCUUAUUUCAGGAUUUAAAAUCUGUCGUGGAGCUCCUCUGGUCUCUCACAGCUUUUAUGCCGAUGAUAGCUUAAUAUUCUUGAAAGCUAAAAUUCGUAAUGUUAAUGGCAUUUGUAAGAUUCUCGAUAAUUUUUCCUUGUGGUCUGGACAAUUAGUUAGUUCUUCUAAAUCAGUAGUGGUGUUUUCAAAUAAUCUCCCUAAGAGAUUGGCUCGUCAUCUUUGUCGGGGCUUUCAUAUGAAAUUUGGUCGUGAUGUGCUUAUUAAAGUUGUACUUGACCCUUCGUUGAACCACUUGAUGUGCACUUUAAAGAUUCCGAAGUUUAUCCUCACUGAAGUGGACAGACUUCGAAAGAAUUUUCUGUGGCAAGACAGGGGCGGCAAGCCUAAAUUACAUGCUAAAUAUUUUCGACAUACAUCUUUUUGGGAGGCUUCUAAACCUUCUCGUGCUUCUUGGAGCUGGAGAAGUAUACUGCAAGGUAAGGAGAUUAUUAAAGCUGGACUGAAAUGGGAUAUAGGAAAUGGGGAACAAGUGGAUCUUUGGCGAGAUGUAUGGUGUUCGGAUAAACCUAUGCUACAACUGAUUGAUAUUGUGGAUACAACUUAUCCUCCUAUGAAAGUAUCAGCUCUUAUUGAUCCUGAUACUCAUGCUUGGAAUAUUUCUUCUAUCGAGCAUGUUGUCCCAGCUCAGUUACUUGAUCAAAUUCGAGCUAUCCCUUUGGCAGAGGUUAACACUUCUCCUGAUUUUAGAGUUUGGCCUCAUAGCAAGGAUGGAUUAACUUUCAGUCUUCUAGCAUAUGGUGCUCUCGGAACAACCUUUUUUUUUCCUCAAAAAUACUUUGAUUGGAAAGCUGUUACUGUGAAUGCUUAUAAUGCUGCAGCUGAAUAUGUUAAAGUGUUAUCUCUUGCCCCCAAAUCUGAGAACAAGUUCAUUUGUCAUAUCCACUGGAUUCCUCCUGAUAAUUGCUUUGUUAAACUUAAUGUCGAUGGGGCUUCAGGUGAUGCAGGUAAAGCUGGUGUUGGAGGUGUUUUGCGUGCAGCUGAUGGCCAAUUUCUGGCAGCUUUCGCAAAACAUAUAUAUGACAAGUCAAACAAUGUGGCUGAGUUGUGGGCUAUCAGAGAUGGUAUGAAACUUGUUGUGCAGUUGGGAGUCCCUAAGGAUAUUAGGGCACUAUCAUUACAUUUUGAUCAGGUUGUGUUUCAACAUCACCAUAAGGAAGGUAACUUUGCGGCUGAUGUUUUGGCUAAAAAGGCAGCAUAUGAUGCUUUGCCUGGUGUUUGGUUUGAUGUUCCUCCUAGCUUUUUAUACACUGUUUUAUAUGAUGAUAUAAUGGGGAGAGCCUUCCCAGGCUUGUAA